GGACCAAGUUGACUAUGUACUCAAACUCUAUUUGCAUACGAAAAAUUAAACAUUUCCAUCUCUGCUGCUCUCCAUUUCGCAAACCACAACAUUUGAUCACUCGUUCUUCCAUUUUUUGAUUCUUAAAUUCUAAAUAAAUUAAGCCAAAUAGAAUUAUUCACUAAGGUCUUAAAACUCAAAUUCUCAAAUUGCAGUAGAUUCCAAUCUAUAACUGGAGGAAAGAAAUUCAGUUCUCGUUUGGAUCCUUCGUUUGGUUUGCUAAGUGUUUGAUAAAAUGCCUGAGUGAAAAAAAAUUAAUUUCUGUUCCUAAGUUAUUUCAAUUUUAAAGUAUAAUGGGAAGCAACGGCGAUGACGAAGCUAAGAAAUCACAGAUUGUAGAGACUCGAGCAAGAAAUAUAAGCCAUAAUGUAAGAUGCACAGACUGUGGAAGUCAGUCUAUUGAAGAUUCUCAAGCUGAUAUUGCUAUUCUCCUCAGGAAGCUGAUUCGGGAUGACAUUCGAGCCGGGAAAUCUGACAAAGAGAUAUUUAAAAAGCUCGAGGAUGAAUAUGGGGAAACCGUACUUUAUGCCCCGAAGUUUGAUCUGCAGACUGCAGCCCUGUGGCUAUCCCCGCUUUUAGUUGCAGGUGCUGCUGGUGGGGUUUGGGCUUUUAACAAGCAUAGACAGAAAACUAAUGUACACAUCAUGGCUUUGAACCUUGUUAGAGGUGUUACAUUGACCCCAAAAGAGAAGGAAACUAUGUUAGACAUUCUCACACCUCCUACCUCACAAGCUACCGGUCCUUUCUCGUGGUGGAAACGAUGGUGCGGCCAAUGAAACAGUGACAUGUCGUUCUUUUCACUUGUUGAAAUCUUCUUCCGAACUCGGAACUUUAGUGCCUGAAGCUAAAAAGUUCUGCUGGAAGCUGAAGUGUGCUGCUUAAACUGUAGGCGAUGAAAGAUUGUUAAAGUGUUAACAUGGCAAUGGGUUUGAUUUGAAACCAGUUCACUGUAUUAUCAUUUACUUUCUUGAAUGAUAUUGCUGCAUUAUACUAUUUUUGUUU